CAUUAUGGGAAAGCGGGAAGUUCAAAUCUUCUUCCGCUUUUACGGCUCUGUUUUUUGUUUAUCAUGGAGGGGCGAGUCAGUGCGGUCAAUACUCCUGCGUCCAGGCCUGUUACUCGCAGAAGCAAGAGUUAUGGUAGGAGCUGCGUGGAAGCACCGUCAUAUUUCUGGCAGACACCAGGACAUUUAACAGUCCUGAGGGUCCCGACCAGCAGAGGGGCUGCCAAAUCACAAUUAAUCACCGAUAAGGUCGACCCGGAGCACAUUGCUCUUCUUGUGAAAAACGAGUGGAAAAUGUCUUAUGUCACCCCCUUGCAUGGCUUUAGACACACACAACUGAAGUCCUAUUCUAGACAUCUCUCAGCCUUCAUUGUGGCUGAGAAACAGCAAGGAGUUGCAGUGGAAGUGGGUUUAGAGGUGGGAUUCACCGUCACGUUCACCGCGUUGCUCGGAAUGGCUGAGACGGAGGAGGAUGCCGAGACUGUUUUCAUUCAGAUCCAAUCCAAGCCUGUGUUUGCUGCUUCAGGAGACGCACCAAAAGUGGUGUGGCGUGGUUGGCUCACGUGCGUCAACGGUGACCCGGAGUACCUGAGGUCUCUGCCCCCAGACUUUGUCAGCCUCCCUUUGUUUUGCACGAGUGGAGCGGAAUCUCUAACGACCCUGGUGAAGUCAUGGUUCGAGAGAGCUUUUGACUGUAACUUUGGUCCUUUGGGUUUAAAUUCCACCACUCUUAAUUGGCUGGCUGCUCUGUGGACUGGAUGCCACCCCGCCUGUAAUAUCAGGUAUCUGAAGUUGGCCUGGAGGAUGCCCACACAGCCGCCCUUGGAUGUCUCAUAUUCUGUAAACCCACAGGAUGCGUGGGGGCUCUGGAACAGCAUUCACCCAGAGGAGAAUAGAGACGACAGGAUUGAUAUCACGGAGGUGCAGUCGUUCAUGAAUGGGAUGGAGACUCAUUUUUUCAGACAUUUUAAGAUGUACCUGUCUGCUGGGAGACUUUUAAAAGUCUCCACCGCUCUCGGAUCAGUACAUCUUGAUGGGAAAAUAAAGAUCGGAAAUAGUGAAUACAUCACAACCUUACUAACGCUGCUGACAGAAUGCGCCCUUCUGAAAAUGCCAACUUAAGAUCUGCAGUAUAUUUUAGACUUGUAUAUAUUUCUUUUUUUUUAUUAUUUGUACAUCAGUCACACAGGGCCAUCUUUUAAAGCUUGUUUUCUAAAUCCUAUUUAUUUUUUAAUAUGUGUUGUAAAAUAUGUAUAUGUUUUUUCCAGCUUUUAAAAUCUCUUGUUUUUCUUUUCUUUAAAUGGCUUAUGUUUUAUCAAGGUCAAUAACAGUAUAUCAGUCUAAAAGGCUUUGUGGGACAACUCAAAUGGCUAACUGCAUAUAGGACUACAGAAAUAGAUACCCUAUUUAAGUUAUUGGCAUCGGUCCGUUUAGGAAUAAACUAUAUUGCAACAUGUAAAAAUGGCAUACAGGCAUUUAUAUCCCUGAAAAGUCUGUAAAACACUUAAAGCAUUAUAAUCUUCAUUUGAUUAUUCAAUGCCUUUUUUAUGUAUUAACUCACUGGCACAAUAUUAUUUCAGUAUGGCAUUUGAGAUGAUCCUAUAAUGGUUUUGUGGCAAUAGCAACAUGUUAGUGUUUGAAUCAAACCGUCUCAAGAUGUGUUAUAGAUAUGUAUAUAGGAUCUACAAGCACAAGUUUAUGUAGUUACUGAUUUGCAGUUUGUAUGUCCAAAACACAAAAUUGACCUUUUAGAUAAGGAUCACCUAGGAUAUGUGUAAAAAUGCAAUUUAAUUAAAGGCAUAAACCUUACCUGCAUUCUUUUUUGUAUUUUAAAUAUUCUUUAUGGGAAAAAUAAAGACAAUUUGAUUACAAGGUUAA